AUGUCGCGCGCGGGCAGCCCUUCGGAGAUCUCGCCUGCACACAUACCAAAAAUAACAGAUCUUCGUAAACAACUUGCCUACGGCGACAGUGGGCUCUCCCGCUGCAUCGCAUUUACUGACGACCUUCGCGUCUUCCGACGGCGUUAUUCUGUAGCAGGCCUCCGUGGAAUCGACUUAUGUGACUGGAGACUACCGCGACACCAAGAAGCACUGAAGCAGAUGACUUCAUCUUUCUUAGAUCAAGAAGGACAUGGCGAGAGGUACUGGCCCAGCGAUCCCACGGCAGCCAACUUUAACUCGCUGCAAUAUUCCACCCAUCGCACGUUCAUCAAUCAAACUAUGCGAAAGCUCAUUUUUCGAAUGAAUCUCCAACAAUACCGAAACGCAAAAUACAAGAAGAAGGAUGUUCAGUAUGGGCCCGAGGUCAUUGACCAGGAAGACGAACUACCAAACUCCAGGCCGGAUCGCUCCGAUUCCAGCGUGGAAAUACUAUCUAUGUCUGCAGCCACGGCCACUCCUAUGCAAACACAUACCGGCGGCAACGUAGCCGCUAGACUGCCUCUGGCAGCCGAAGGCUCAUUUCGGCAAGACCACGAUAUAUACGAAGUUCCGACAAGCCCGGAAUACGUACCAGAGAAGAAUAGUAUAACGAAACGGAAACUGAAGGCACCGACUAAGAGCAGCCCUCAGAAGCGAUCCAAGAUCGUGAGUUUAAAAGUUGGUAACGGCAAACCUCCGAGGCACUAUCUCAGAUCGAUAGCGCCGAUGCCCAAGCGGACAUCACCUCGUGGAAAGACAACGGUGCCGCCCGUAAAUUACGUUGACCGCCUCGACCUCGAUCAGUUCUCUACUUCAGUGAUAUCAACGACAGAACCGACAUUGGGUCCUGACAGCGUUACUGGGGCGGGACACCAGGACCAGGCGAAUGUUCAACAACGAUCCGAGAAGGAAGAUAUCUUCAACUACAGAAUAACAACUCAGUCCUUGAUGAGAAUUGGAAGCACCCCGCCUACAUCCGCUGUCUCCAUCACAAGUGCGAAUGUUGACCCCAACAUCGAUCCGAACCUGGACCGAAUAUCUUCGACAGAAUUCCAUAUGAAUCCACCGAUGCAACAAGCCUCGCACCAAUCAAGACCAAGUUGGUCUAACCCUCCCUUGACCCACGUGGGUCCAAGCAACAGCAUCCAGCCUGAAGCUGAACAAGCGCCGUCUUCCACUCGGUCAAUGUCAAUGUCUACAAUCGAGUCGAUGCACGGAACCAACAAGACCCCAAUCCCGCUUUAUCCAUCGCCUGUUCCAAGCGAUGCAAAGAAACCAGCUAAAGAAGUACCCUCCACUACCAUCUCCAGACCAGCAGUAGCCUCUUCCACAGACUCCAAAGCCGGAAUUAGUUUCAAUUACCGGGUCAUUCUCUCCCGCACACCAAUAUACCAAGCCAAAAGCUGGCACCCAAAGGGCCAUUUCUUAGAGAAAUCUCUGAGCGAACUCAUCGACGAAUUGCCCUUUGAGAACAAAGGGGCGGUCAUAGGCUUGAUAAUCCAACUGACCGGCCCCGGCGUCGCUGUAGAGGAGACUGUAGCGCGCGGCGAAGACGGCAUGGAUAACUACAGCAGCACCAAAAAGGAGCUCAUGCAGGUAGUCAAGAUGUGCCUCAAGAAACACUCGAAAGCAAAACCGGGCAGCAGGUUAGAGAUGAAUUUCAAAAUAGAAGCUGUGAGGGAAGGUGGCGUUGAUGAAGAUGCGGAAGACGAUGACGAUGUAUUGUUAUUCUAG